AUGGAGAAGGAGGUCAGUGUGAUGAGUGACUAUCAGGCAGCGUCCAGCUCUCCUGACUGCCCUCAGUGCCCCCAACACAUCCUGACAGGGGCAGAGGCAGCCGUGUCCUACUCCCAGUUCUGUGAAACAUUUGGCUUCCACAUGGGGCCCUCGGGGGCCAGGGCCCUGCUGCUGUUCUAUGAGCUAUGGGGCCCCAGUGGGACCUUAGUGCAGAGGGGCCAGGCUAGCAACUGUCUUGAGUGUUCCCAGACCCUGAUCUCCUUCUUGCUGCGCUAUCCCUGGGUGCGCCUGGACCUGCUCUUCUCCCAGCUCUACCACACAGCCCCCAGCCAGACCCACAGUUUGGACAAUCAAACAGGCCUCCGCAGCCUGGCUGUCCUCACCCUCAGCCCCAACUCGGGAGCUGCUUGGGGGCAUCUGCUAAGGUGUUUUGUUAGAGAUGUCCCACCGUCGGCCCUACAGCUCCCCCUGCUGCCUGAGAGGGUAGAAGCGGACAGGGUUAAUGCAAUUCACAUCUCAGCUACUACAGGCAUAGGCCCUGCCUUUUGGACCUCCCACUGAGGACAUACACAGAGCCUGUGGAGAGAACCCACACUCCCCAGGCUCUCAACCUGCUCCCUCCCCCACACCUGAACACAUCCAUGCGCAUCUCCACACCCCACCCUAGGGU